AUGGCAGAGAACAUUCUCCGUGCAUUUAACGGGACGCUAGAUCUCCGGGCUGCCUACAGCUACAACGCUGGACAGGUCGAAUCCUUCCUACAGGACGUUUGCAGCAACCCUGCAACGUAUGCUGUACCGGCCAAUGUCCAAACUGAGUUGCAGCGGAUUCGGCGUGAGAUCCUACGAUUAAGAUCGCCGAACGGACCAGACUACGCGUCAGCUACUCUGACGCCAAACCAGCACAUACACCGAACGUUGAAUCCGGCGUGGCCCCCAUCACGGCAGCCUGUAAUCGUUUCGAAGUUUAAAGUCGGAGGCCACGCUCACAGUAAUCUAAACUACUGGGGCAUCUUCGACCUUCUCGGCCUAUUUCUGUCAACGAUUGGCGGCGCUCCGACUGGAGCCAGCAAACGGAAUUUCUACUUGCCUCUGACGGCCGUAUACGGAAAAUGGUGCGCAGCAGUUGGAGAUCGAACGCCGUACAUGUACCAAUGUACAUGGCGUCAGAGGUGCGGCCAGGCCGACGAGUUUUUUCUGGGCUCAAACUUGGCAGGGUAUGAUGCGCCAAAACCUUCGACAGGCACCUGGCUGUAUGUUAUGAGGCGGGCCCGCUUCCGUCCUCUGAACGACGAACCGUUCAAAUUGACUGGAUACGACUUCGUGCAUGCCCCUGCUCGUAGGGGACCCCAAGCAUACAACAGGCAAAGAUUUGGUACUUGUGCGGAGACAUACCCCUUUUUAAGACUUCUCAAGGGCCACAAUCCUACUAGAGAAACCUGCCAUGGCUUAGCCUUGCAGCGAGACUUUACCACAGCUGCACAGUACGAAGAUAAUCUGUCUGGUUCUGCUUGGACGAGGGUUAGAGACCCUUGCCCCAACUGCCAGGUGCUAAUCCGUCUAUACGGAGGGAACCUUCAGAACUUUUUAAGUACUAGCGGCCAAGCCGGGGCGCCACCCUAG